AUGAACAGGAUUACUAUUGACGGGAAAAUUGUUCUUCCGUGGGAGGAAUUGGAAAAAUGUAUAGAAAAGUUUUAUGCUUUAAGCAAAGCGGAUGGGGCAAGAAAACUGUACCAUCAAAUUAAAGAACAUUACUUUGGAAUUGGGGAGCCUAUGAUUCAAAAGUACAUAUCUAAUAAUGAUAUGCAGAGACAAAAACGACCGUUAUUUUCAAAUAAAGCACCACUUAUACCUGUUGACGCCAAAAAACCAAUGGAAAGACAUCAAGUUGACCUUGUGGACAUGCGUAAGCUCUUAGUGGAGAAAGACGAUGUUUCUUAUAAAUACAUUCUGUCAACAAUGGAUGUGUUCACGAGAUUUGUGUGGUUGCGACCAUUGUCUGAUAAGAGCUCGGAAAAUGUUGCUGCUAAGCUACGGGAGAUAUACUCGGAAUUUGGAAACCCUAAAAUAUUAAGAGUGACCAAGGUUCAGAGUUCAAAGGUGUUGUUACACGCCUCUGUAAAGAUAUGA